AUGAAUGUGUUACUAUAUUUGAUUGGCCUAACUUUAAUUGCCCAGGGUACACAGGCGUACUGCACCACGGUCACAAUAUCCAGUACCUGGAACUCUUGUUACAAUGCAUGGACACUUGGUUGUAAGCUCGCUUGGAGUGAGUCCAGCCUCAAUGCUGCCAAUCCAGGUCUCAACUGUGGCACCCUGACCAUUGGCCAGAAGAUAUGUUGUAAUGCUGGUGGUCUCCCUCCGGUUGGUUUCCCUCCCUAUCCUAACGGAACAUGCUACACCUACACUGUCAAGUCUGGUGACAGUUGUUCAUCCAUUGCCACCAACAUGUGCAAUGGGCUCAGUCUGGCUGCCUUCCAACUCUACAAUCCAUCGUGUCCAAACGUCCAGGUCGGACAACGUGUGUGCUGCUCCACAGGAACUCUGCCAUCACUUAUUCCCAAGCCUCAAGCCAACGGAACCUGUACCACCUACUACGUCAAGAGUGGAGACCUGUGCUCAACUAUUGGCGGGCCAAUUGGUGCAUCGAUCGCCCUACUCGAGUCAUUCAAUCUCAAGUCGUCCAACUACUCGGGUACUUGGGGCUGGCUUGGAUGCUCAAGUCUGCAGGUAGGAUUGGCCAUGUGUAUUGGUCCAGGAACACCACCAGUGCCAGCUAAAGUGCCCAAUGCCCAGUGUGGCCUCAUUGCCACUGGCAACGGAACCAGUAUCCCAUGUCCACUCAAAGCAUGUUGUAGUCGAUGGGGAUGGUGUGGCAUCACCCCUGAGUUCUGUGGCAACCAGACCAGUGCAACCAACAAUCCAGGCACGACAGGAUGCAUCCAGAACUGUGAUAUGAAGUUUGUUAGUUCGAGUCCUCCAUCACAGUUCCUCAAAGUUGGUUACUUUGAGUCCUGGAACAUUGAUCGUCCAUGUCUCAACAUGGACACUGCCUCGCUCCAACGUACCGUCAACAUCAAGGGCUACACGCACAUGCACUUUGCCUUUGCCAUGAUAGACUCGAGCAUGAGGAUCUACGUCGAUCCCUCCGUGAUGGCCGAGUGGGAGGGCUUCAAGGCUCUGACCAACACCAAGAAAAUCGUGGCCUUUGGAGGUUGGAGUUUCAGCACCGACCAUGACACACUUCCAAUCUUCAGAAACACUCUGAGUGACGCCAACAGACGGACCUUCAUCACCAACCUUGUCUCGUUCUUAUCGCUCCACGGACUGGAUGGUGUAGAUUUUGAUUGGGAGUAUCCUGCUGCUGGUGACCUUGGUGGAUGGGCCAGUGACACUGACACCUACCUCAACUUUGUUCGAGACCUUCGCGCCGUGCUCCCAGCAGGCAAGUCACUGAGCAUUGCGGCCCCAGCCUCAUUCUGGUACCUACGUGGCUUCAAGAUUGCAGAGAUGUCACAGUAUCUUGACUACAUUGUGUACAUGACGUACGACAUCCAUGGUCAAUGGGACGCUGGCAUCCCCUCUCUUGGUCCAUACCUAAAGUCACACGUCAACUGGACCGAGACCAUGGAUGCCUUGGCCAUGAUCACACAUGCUGGUGUGCCGUCCAACAAAAUCCUUCUUGGCAUUGGACUGUAUGGUCGUUCGUUCCAGCAAUCUGAUCCAUCAUGUGAUGGCCCGCAGUGUACCUUCACUGGCGACCGGUAUACGAGCCAUGCCACACCAGGAGAGUGCACCCAGACUGCCGGCUACAUCUCGUUCUCAGAGAUCAUCAGCAUCACCAAGGGUGACAAUGUCAGAGGCAACCGCUAUGAUGCCCUGUCCAAGUCGCAAGUGCUCACAUACAACCAGAGAGACUGGGUAUCGUACACCACCAGGGAGCAGAAUGAGGACCGUCGCAACCUUGCCCGAUCAAUGAGCCUUGCUGGAACUGUUGAGUGGGCUGUCGAUCUUGAUGAUGAGCCACUGCCUAUUAUCGACCCUAUUGACCUUGGUGAAGUGGAUUGCAGUCAGUACAUGAUUGAUCUCUCGGACGACCCCAACAUCCCAAUAACCAUGUCGCCCCCAGCCUGUUCCAACGAACUUCUUGUGGAUGCGUUGGCGCGACUGGCCAGGAAGGACAUCACGGAUUAUAACAACAUCCUUGCUGCCGACUAUGACAAGUACUUUGAUAUAUACGCCACCCAUCUGAAGUCCUCUCUGAACAUGUAUGAGCGGUACCUGACCUACAUGAACGCCAACUCCACUCGGUUCUUGACGACCAUCACUGACUUGCCCAACUCGCGAGUCACAUACAUCUACGACAAGACAGCACUGCUCUUGGACAUCACUGCGGCCAUUGGUAUCCUGCCCAACUGGAUGGUGUUCAGAAACCUGAGUGGUCCAUGCGCUGGGUGUGCUUGCGAGGUGAACGGCGUCUGCUUCUCCUCGCACGUUCAUCAGGACUUCCCAGACUUUAACGAUGACUACACCAUCCCCAAUCCCAAGGACGCCAUCCAAGCCAUGCUGGGGGACUUCUCGUUGAUGGCUGAUUUCCUCGACGCCCAAGCUGCGCUGCACCUCUUUGACGACCUUGAUGUCAUUGACUCCACACAGAUCUCGGUGUUCCUGAUGCACCAGACAGUCGCCAACAUGAGGGACAUACGCGACAUUGGUGAAGAGAUUGACGACUCGAUCGUCAAGCAGAUCUUGAUAUCGUUUGCUUUCGCCAUGCUCGCAAUGAUACCCGUUGUUGGUGAGGCAUUGAUGGGCUCCAGCUCUGUUAUCCUGUCAAUGAUUGGCAACGUCAUCAAAGUGGUCGCCACACCUGGACUCCUAGCGCUCGAUCUCAUCUCGUUGGCCGAGGCCAUUGAGAGUCAUGAUGUCUUUUCAAUUGUCCUCUCGUUGGUUGGAUUCCUACCCUAUGCUACCAAGGGUCUCAAGGCACUGGACCUGUUUGAUUUGGCCAGUAAGGCUCGUCGUAUCCCUCUACGACAAAUAGGAUUACUCGGUCCCAUUGUCCAGAGAGGUGUCACUCGUGUCAACAACAUCAAGAGAGUGGCAAGAGUAUGUGGAUUAUAA